UUUAUGAUAAAGACAGAUUACUUUUUAGUAUGUUUUGAGUUAGAAAUAGAAUGUAAAAUUCUGUGGUUAUGAGCAAUCUGCAUAACCAUUUUUAUAGAAUGUCGAGUGAUUUAUUGACAGUGAUAUACUGAUACUGAAAGAAGUUUGGAAAGCAUCUCUAUAGUCUUACACCAGAAGUAAACCGAUCAGCUUAAACUGAACACGCCGCCUAAGGACCAUUGUUAACGGCAUGGACAACUCUAGCCUGGCCGCUGAUGGUGGAACAGCAAAGAAAAGAAAAGAUAAGCAUAGCAACGUUCGUAACAAAGAUUCAGACAAAGGAGAUAAAGUUGACAAAAAACGUACAAUUCGGCAUGAAUGGACACAGACUGAUGCAAAGGUUGUAGUAACAUUACAUGUGGGCUCAUAUGUGGAUUUGAACCAGCUAAAUUUAGAGCCUGAAGAAAACCAUUGUUUGCUUAGUUUUCCUGAUGGCAGGAAAUGGAAGUGCUCACUAUACCAACCUGUAGUGGCAGAUGGCACCACUGUGGCUCAGAGGGGAAAUAAAGUUUUCAUACAGAUGGUGAAGAAAGUUCCAAACAAGCAUUGGCCUCAGCUUGAGUUUCAGGAAGGAGUGCCAAUGGAUACUCAAAACACUCACAAGCCAAUCCAUGAAGUCCAGGAUGUGAAACUGGACUGGUAUGAAAAAGGACCUGACUCAAUGACCCUGUGUUUAUACAUUAAAAACAUUAAUAAGGACUCCCUAGAAGUCUGUUUUGAAGAUACUUCUUUUUCUGUGAAAUUUAAGACUGGUGACAGUAAGUUCUUGGAACUACAUCCUGGAACGUCUGAAAAUACUGUAUUUUUGUGGAAGAUAAAUGUGAAAGGAGCUAUAAAACCAUUUGAGUGUAGACACAGGCUGACAGCAAUGAGUUUAGAAAUCAACUUGAAGAAAGAGUGUCCUGGUCGAUGGGAUUGUCUUGAAUCAAGCAAUGCUGUGAAAAGACUGUCAUCAGAUGUCCCAUCAAACACAUGGCUACUUGUGAAUAAACAGUCAACUUUGCCUAUAGCUGCUGUCCAAGCAAGCCCCAGUAAGGCUUCUCUCCAACAGUCAAAACUAGUGAAAACUCAAGGCCAACGAGAAGGCAGUCGUUCACCUAAAUCUAUGUCACAGAGAUGUGUGCAGUCGCAUGGACAAGGCAAUUUAUUGUCUAGUAAUUGUUGUGGUCAAGGAGAUAGUAAAAGAGAAAUGAGUGAAAAAGCAGAUAAUUUAUGUGUUAAUCAGAAACCCACUUGUAUGGUGCCCCCAUUGAAUUUUGCCAAACAAGAACAACUGGCUGCUCUUGGUGUCACUGGACUAGAUAACUUGGGAAACACAUGCUUUAUGAACAGUGUUUUGCAGUGUCUUGCCAAUACAAGAGAGUUCAGAGACUACUUUUUAGAUGGGCUCUACCAGUCAGAAAUUAAUAUGAAAAACCCACUGGGCAUGGGUGGUAAACUGGCUGCAACCUUUGCAGUACUAAUGAAAGUAUUAUGGUCAGGAACUCAUCGUUCAUUUGCUCCUACCAAAUUGAAGACCUUGAUCAGCUUGAAGGCAACACAGUUUACAGGGUUUGCCCAACAUGAUGCUCAAGAAUUUAUGGCAUUCUUGUUGGAUGGGCUUCAUGAGGAUCUAAAUAGAGUUAAGAACAAACCAUACACAGAGAAUGUAGACAGUGAUGGUCGACCUGAUGAGGAUAUAGCAGAUGAAGCAUGGCAUCUUUACAAAUCAAGAAAUGAUUCUAUAGUGGUAGAUCUUUUUCAAGGCCAGUAUAAGUCCAAGCUUGUUUGCCCAGUUUGUAAUAAGGUUUCAAUCACAUUUGACCCAUUUCUUUACCUCUCAGUUCCACUUCCAAAAAAAUUGCAAACCUUCACAGUCAUCUUUUUUACUAAAGAUCCAUACUGCAGACCUGUUCAGUACACAGUUACACUGAAUCAGAAUGCUGCUGUUGAAGAUUUAAAGGAAAAAGUAUCUAAGAAAUUUGGUGUCAAAGCAAAUAAUUUGCGGGUAUUUGAAGUGUAUAAAAGAAAGAUUCAAAAAUUCUUUGGAAAAGGAAGUACCCUAUCAGGAGUUACUCCCAAUGAUCAGCUUUUCGUGUUUGAAGUGUUAGAUGAAAUAUUAGCUGGUGAGCCUGUUUUGGAAUUUGCUGUUAUUCAGAGAAUUAUUAUACCAAGACCUAUGACCAGGUGUUCUUAUUGCCGCCGAGAAUGUCCACCAGGUGGAGCCAGACUUAAAAGAUGCACUAAGUGUUACAGUGCAAGUUACUGUGAUCAAACUUGUCAGAAGAAUCACUGGAAUUCUCAUAAGAAUGGCUGUAAGUUGACCCCUGAGUUAGUUGGCUGUCCAUUUAUUGUCCGCAUUCCUGUUUCUCAGUUGACUUAUCCAACCCUUGCAAGAAUAUUAGAGGCAUACUCCAGGUAUUCUGUGGAUGUAUUUCAACCCCCUCUUCAAAUGACAACAGGAAUAAAAAGAAGUUCUUCUCUGAGUUCUUCUGGCACACUUAAUGUCUCUCUCAGUGAGCAGUCAACAAGCCAGUCAUUUGAUAGUGGUAUUAGUUUAUCUGUUCUUACAACUGACUCUUCUCUUCAGACUGACAGCUCUUCCAUUCAGUCAGACAGAGCUGACCCUACUGUAUGUACUGACAGUACUGAAACUAAUUGUCCUGUUGAUCCUUCUGUUUCUCUUCAGCACCAAGAGGAAGAGUCUAAAGAAAAUGAAACUGAUACUGAUGGCACAUUUUGUAAUAAAGAUGAAAUGUUAACACCUCUCAACGUAUUUAGAAAUAAAGCUCGGAUGCCCACAAUAAAAGAAUCAGUUAGAAGUGGGAGAGAGGAAAGUGCUCAGACACAAGAUUCAAAUAUUGUAGAGGAACUAAAACAUGAUGACACUUCUGGUGAAUUUGUGUCUAUUCCCCCCUCAUCUAAUAAAAUUCCAACACCAGAAAGCUCACCUUCAUCCAAAGACCACCCACUGACUAGAAUUGUUUUUGGUCAUUCUCUUGAAGAGGGAACAGAUCAUCUCUCAUCUGUGUUUACCAUAAGACCAGUCAACCAGUAUGGUCAAAAUAUACCAGGGGAUAUCCUGGAGGACAAAGGAGAAGAAUUAUUAGAUAUGUCCUCAAUGUACUUUCUUGGCAUGGACUGGCAGAACUAUGAAAAGCAAAAGAAUUAUGUUUUGGUUGAGUCAAAAGAUUUGGAUGUGGAGUAUUAUGAUGAUGAUAGAGAGACACUGAAAAAAGAUUCCAAAGAUAUUACCCUUACACAAUGUCUGCAGUUGUUCACAGAACCGGAAGUUCUGAGUCCACAGGAAGCAUGGUACUGUCCAAGAUGCAAAGAACACAGGGAAGCUACUAAACAGUUGUCUUUAUGGCGACUGCCACCAGUACUUAUCAUACAACUGAAACGAUUCUCCUUCAAAAACCUGAUUUGGCGAGACAAAAUUGACAAGAUGGUGGAAUUUCCUUUAAGAGGAUUGGAUCUCAGUCCAUACUUCUGUGGUCCAAUUUCACCACCAGGUGUUUCUCCACUAUAUGAUCUUUAUGCAGUCAUCAACCAUCAUGGGGGAAUCCUGGGAGGGCAUUACACAGCAUUUGGUCGAUGUGUGAAUUUACAGAAUACAAGAAGAAGUGAAAUAGACUGGAGACUGUUUGAUGACAGUCGGGUGAGUUUUGUGCCUGAGACCUCAGUGGUAACACGAUCGGCAUACAUGCUUUUCUACAGACAGCGUGGUAUGCCUUUUAAUUUUCAAAAACCAGCAGCUACUUGCAGUGUAAAAUCAGUAAGUAAGGAACAGAAACAACGGGAAAACCUUCUAGAUUUGGAAGCCGAUUUGGAUACUGAUACAGUUCCCACUAUUUCUGUGUCAGACAGUAAUGUGAUUUCGAGCUGUGACAUACUACCUUCAUCAACAGAUAUGGAAACACUGGAUUGACUUAACAGAUGCUUAGAGUCUACAUCUAUUAGGCCUCUUACUGUGAUAACGUCCCUUCGUGAACCACCAUAUCUUAAAUACCUCAGUGCCGUAUUGGUCAUCAAUGAAUCUUAACCGUUAUCAUCCACUUCACAGAUCAAUGUAUCAUUGUAACUGUGUUUUUGACCAUCACAGGAUAAAAUCUUACAUUUUGCAUGGUGAUAGAAUCAAAGUUGCAGUGUGUAAAAAGCUGUUUUAGCAUUUUGCUUGUUGUGUUCCAAACAAAUUUCAAAUGUUUUUUUUUGUGGUUAAUGAAUUUUAUUAUGCAAGUUACUGAUACUUUGUUUUUAUUAAAAAUCUGAAAAUUACUAUAUACAAAUUGGGUAGUAAUGUAUCACUUUUGUUUUGGCUGGUAAUCUUAUCGCCCUGAGUUUGUACCCUGAAAAUAACAUUUGGCUGGUAAUCUGGAAGUGAAUCCUGCUCUUUACUUUGCAUUCUUGAGCCCAACUGUUAAAUUUGUCCACUGAAGUGACAUCUUGCUGGUUAUUUUGCAUUGGGAAAGUAAAAUCUGUCUGUUAAUCUUAUACUGUGUGAACUUUGUCUGGUAAUUUGUGCUUUGGAGGUAAAAAAAUAUCUGUAAUCUUGUACUAUGUAAGUGAAAUCUUUCUGUUGAUCUUGUACUUUGGAGAUGAAAAAUGUCUGGUAUUCUUGAAUGCUGAACAGACAUAUGGCUAGUAAUUUAUACCAGGAAAAAAAAGACAUCUUGUACCCUGAGUUUUCUACCAUGAAGUAACAUCUUAUCAGCAGUUGUAUACUGUGGAGGCAAUAUUUGUCUGAUAAUCUUCUGCUUAGUAGUAUUAUCAUCCAAGAAAAUUAUCCCCCUUAAUCUUUUUUUUUUUGUAAUGUAUCAAGCCAACACUCGGUUAUUCAUGGUAAUUUGGGUAAUCUUGUACUUCAUGCUAGUUUGGUCAGUGAGAUUCUACACGAAACAUUUAAAUCUUAUUUAAUUUUCCAAGACGUAUCAUACAAAUUGUGUAUGUGUUGUUUUAUUACUGUGUCAUUUCUGUGCUACGUAAUUUUUUUUUUUUAGUUUCUAUGUGCAUUGUCUUUCAUAACGUGAAUAUAAUUUAUCACUCCUAGAGGAAUUAAGAAAUAAUGAACACCAACUUCAUUAUUCUAAGAAAAUGCAUCUUGAAGAAAUGGUUAUAGUUAAUUCAAUUUCCCAAUAAAGCUUGUAUCUACUUUAUUUCCAGUCAAGUCAGUAAACAUAGGGAAUUGUUAAAUCCCUUACUUAGAAUGUAUAAUGUUUUUUUGAGUGUUCGGGAUUCUUUUAUAUUGUAGUAAUGUUUUUUUUAUUAUUAUUGGAUUCUCUUUUGAGCUAAUUGAUAUUUCUGAUAUGAUAUAGAAAACCUAAUUACAAUGAAGAUUAACCUGUUGUUUUAAACAUGUUUUAAUGGGUAAAAAAUUAGAAUACUAAAUCUGAAAUGGUAUGAAUUUUAUGUUAAUUUAGAGGAAACUAUAAUCUUGACUCUUCAUUGAGAAAAAUAUUUUACAGUUGUAAGUAUAAAAGUCCCCCGGUGGGACAGUGGUAAGUCUUCAGGUUUACAACGCUAAAAUCAGGGAUUUGAUUCCCCUCUGUGGACACAGCAGAUGGCCCAAAUUGGCUUUGCUAUAAGAAAACACACAGAUAUAAGCAAAUUCUUUUUAAUAGCAAUUUCUGUUCUUUAUAGACUUAAUAAUUAAAAAUAAUUUAUUGUUGUGUUCUAGUGGUUUGUUGAAUAAUCGUCAUUGCUUAUCAUUCUGGCAUGGUUAAAAUGAUUGUAGAAAGUAGUUUUAAGGUCUUGUAAUAUAUAAAUAAAAACAUUUACCUCUAUUACAAAGUGUCAGUGUAGCUUGUGUGAUAUAAAGGAAAUGCCUUUUAAUUGUAUGUUUGAGAUUGCUUGAAAUUUCAGGUGUAUAAAUUGUUAGUAUAAACUUUUUCUUAGUUAAAUUUGCAACUUUUGGUAUUUUGUGCACAAUAUUAUUUAGAAUUAUUUAUGAUUGUUUUAUUAAUUAGACUUAUAAAGUGAAAUCAUUGUUUCAUCCGUUAUAGUGUUCACAAUUUUAUUUUUUUGUUGUUUACCUUUUGGCAAUUCUUUGAGAGAAAUAUUUUUUUUUACUCUCCAAAUUUCUUUAAGCAGGAAAUUUAAAUAUGUUCUGUAAAGACUGGUAAAAUUUGAACUGUCUUAAAAUAAUACAUAGAAACUCUCUAGUUGUGAUAUAGAUUUAAAGUGAUGACCAUAGUAAUAGUUUCUCAACAUAAAAUUCUGAGUCCUUUUAAAGAAAAGAAUAAAGCUGAUACAGAAAUACAUAAAAAAAAUCUUGCAUUUUCUCUAAACUUUUAUUCGUUAUUAGAGAAAUUAGAACAGACUAAACUUGUUUUAAAACAGCAGCCAUUAAGUUUAAAGUGAUAUACUGCAAGGAAGGCAAGUGACACCACCACCAUCUGACUGAAAUAAGGAUUUGAGAGUUACUCUUGUAUUGCACCCAAAGUGUGGAUCAUUUUUGCAGCAAUGAUAUGACAUUUAAGUUAAGUAUCCAGAAAUCACGAUACUGGAUUAGGAAGUACAAGAAAACACAUGGGUUUAUCCAAAUAUAAUCAAUUAGUAGAUUAGUUUUCUAAGUUCAAUACAUGCCUUCCAUGAUAAAUCUUCAAGCAAUAUGAUGCAUAUUAUUGUGAUUAAGGCAACAUAAAAGAGACGAUUAACGUUAUUAACUAGGUUUGGUUGCGCACACAAACAAGAAUCCCAAAAUGUGUGUGUGUGGAAAUAUUUGGUUAUGCAUAUCAGUGUUACCAACCACUGCAAUGAAGAAAUGUCUUCUUCUAGAAAAACAAUUCAUUGUGAAACUGCCAUUAUGUCUGAAAUGUGAUGACCAAACAAAAAGAAGUAAUGCUAGUGUGAAUUCAUUUUUUUGUACAACAAAUACUUUUUCUAACAUUUAAUAUU